AUGAGUGAAGCUGGAGAGGCUAACCCCACAGAGGUGGCCGUCUCAGUCUCCCCGCAAGCCACGCAGGGGCACCUGGUGUCACUGGGAGGCGGAGAUCCUCCCCAGGCUCUAGUUGCUGGCAACCUCAGCGGGGACUCAACCCCCAAGACCACCCCAGCCGCGGGAGCGAAGAAGAAGGUACCCAAGAAGGUCAUCGCCAAGAAGGUGAGAGGCACCGUCAAGUGGUUUAACGUGAAGAAUGGGUACGGGUUCAUUAGCAGGCACGAUACCCACGAAGAUGUGUUCGUUCACCAGACGGCCAUCACCCGCAACAACCCUCACAAGUACCAGCGCAGCGUGGGUGAUGGUGAGACCGUGGAGUUUGACGUGGUGCAGAGCGAGCGGGGCAUCGAGGCCGCUAAUGUGACCGGGCCGGCUGGUGCCCCAGUGGAGGGGAGUCGCUAUGCGGCCAACCGCCCCUCCAUCCGCCAGAGCUUCUACACCCAUCGCCAAGCACAGCAGCCCUGCGGCCCCAGGGGCUCUGAGGACGACCUUGGUGAAGGAGAGGGCAGCAGCAAGAGCUUUGUGAGACGCUGCACAGCUGCUCAGGGCCCAAGGCGCCUCCUGCCCAGCUGCCCAGAAGACCAGAGGCUGCGGCGCUUCCCCCUGUUCCCCAGGGUUCAGGCCACGACUCGCCUCUCUUCGGUCCUCGCUCCCACCAACGGGCAGCGGGCUGCCUACCUGCCCAGGUCUGGCCCCAUCUCAAAGCCCGAGGACGCACCGAGGAGGGGGCCUGGCCCCAGCUAUCUGAUGAGUCGCCCGAGGGGCCGAGGCACCGCUCCUGGUCCAAGAUCUUCAACUGGCAUCUCUGAGGAGCUGGAGGCGCAGGACCAGGAGAGUGGAUGCAACGCUGGCGGUCUGCAGCAGAGAUUCCCUCGACGCUAUGGAUCCCACCGCUCCAGCGACCAUCGCCGCCGCCCACAGCAGGUGCCUGGUGUCCAGGCUCAGGAUCCUGAGAGAGGAGAGGAGGAGAUGAAGAACCCUGAGGAAACGCCUGCCUCUGUUGCUGUGGCCAAGAAGAGCGAAGCUGCUGAGGACACUGCGGUGGUGGAUGCCCCCUCCGCAGCCCAGACCUAG